AUGCCGACUUCAAAGCGCAAGGCUUCAAAGAGCGGAGGGGCUCGCAGAAAGAAGCAGAACACAGGUCGUCAGAUUAAGGUGGAGAAGCACGAAGAGGUAUCCGGAGAUGAACGUAGUAUGCGAGGCGUUAAGAAGGAGGAGAAUCGGAAAGUUCACAAUGUCAAGAUAGAGAAACGCGAAGAGGUACCCAGUGAGCGAAGCGGUAUGGAAGGCGUUCAGAAGGAGGAGCAGAAAGAGGAGAAAUGGCAGCAGUACAAGGUGGAGAAGCACGAAGUGGAAUUUGAUGAGGGAAAUGGCGAGGGGCGGGCUCACGAAAAGGACGAUGAAACAAGCCACACCAUUAAGAAAGAGGAGUGCGAUGAGUCUGCUGGGGAAAACACCAAGGAUUUUCUCCAUUCCAUCAAUGUCGAUGACGAUGAAUCCAGUUCUGAGCGAUCCUACUCAGGCUCAGACUUUGAACUAGAUGCAGAAGUUACCCCUGUGGGAUUCGAAGAAAAGGACGUAGUCGAACCAGCGGCAAAAAUACCACGAAGCGAGUCAUUAGGCCAUCCUUCCACGGUCAGGGAACAGAGUCCCAACCAUUAUCGCGGCUCCCGCUGGUCUGCCCUGAACAAGUUCCGUUGGAAGGAUAAUACUCAUAUCAAAUUGGGAACAGUGCCAUACCAUGUUGGCAACCCCAAGCCUCUCAUCAUCACUCUAUACAACACGAAAGGUGAAGCAAUUACAUUUGAGCCUCGAUGUACAGACGUAAUCGACUGGAACAGCGAGCCCUCGGUAAAAAAGAGAAACUGCUGGUUUUACAAGGUUGUUUAUAGAAGGCUUGGUCGUCACCGCCUGGCGGGGACUUGUUCGGGUCAUUUAUGGACUAUCCUUGAGAAGGAUAGUUUAAUCGAGCGUGUCAGAGACGAGAUUUUAAAGGUCGGGCGUAAAUUAAAGGGUAAUGAUUGGAAAAACAUCCUUGACAGUCACAACAAGUUCUUCAAAAACCACAAAGUUAAUAUUGGUGAUGAAUAUACAAAUGAUCACAAGUCAUCGAGGACGCGAGUCAUGGAAACCAGAACCAUGAGAGCAAUCAGGGGUAAGCUUUUGAAGUGGAAGGAUGCGCGAAAGAUUGUGGAGGACACAUACAAAGAAGUUGGGGUACGGAGGCGAUAUUGGCGCAAGAUAGAUAGGGAAGAGUUGAAAGCGGAAAAGGAGAAAAUUAAGAAGAAUGAUGGAAGGAACGUAGAUGUUAGAGAGGACGUAGACGAUCGAGAAGAAACCGAAGAUGAAGAGGAACUGGAUGAUGGAUCGGAAACGGACGAGACACCAGAGAGAACCGUUUCCGAGGAGUCUUUAAUCGGGGAUGCCGAUUCGGAGCACACUCGAUAUGAAAUUACUUAUGGAAAGGAAGAGGUAUUGGCAAUGCUAGCUACUCUGAAUGCUCGGUCUUGA